GCCUGUAAACACAUCUUCCACUAACACCUUCUUAUCUGUCGUACAUCAGUUACUCGAAAAAUCAACUAAGAUCACUCUUACAUGGUAAGAAUAUUCCGCGAGGGUGAAAACCCCUUCGAGGCAGAACAAGACCCGAUUACAAACGAAGAAUAUCUGGAGGCUCUCCAGCUGACCUCCAAUGUUGUUCCACGGGAAAUCUUCGAACAUAUUUACGAGUCUAGAACCGAUUCCGGAGAUAGCGGCUCUGAAGUCUCGUCUCUCGACGAGAAUGAACGAGCCAUGAUUUCCGGCAUCUUCGCCGACAUCCACGCCCGCCGGGCAGCCGCUGAGCCUUUCGAGGAGCAGUCGGCAACCGCACUUACGGCCGUGAUGGACCACUAUGCCGUCAUGACGGAGAAUUUCAACCGGGACCUGCAGAACCUGCCCGCAUUUGCGGACAUGUUUGAAACAACCCCCGUUGUCUUCCCCAGCACGCCCAUUUCUUCUAAUCUGGUCACGAUCCCUUUCGACUUCGCCGAGACGCCAGACAGCCUUUACCUGUCUCCCGCCGCUAUCGGUAACGAAGACCACGGAAUCCAGUUCCGUACUUGGUUGGUCGUGGUGAUCACUUUACGCCCUCGCGACUCUGCCGAGCACGCGUGGUGGCUAUACGAAGGUGGCUUACAACGUCGUGAGGCGUACAUCAUCGACCCGGAUUGGCCGGGAUGUCAUCUUCCAGAACUGGCAAUCGAGGUCAAAGGAUGGUUUAUGAAUGCGGACGAGAUCUAUGAGGCCGCAGACCAGCGGUUCCGGCAACUGGAUCUCCUGUUUACCACCAUGGGCUUCACAUUUGGUUAUCCACUUGUAAAGGCUCCCCUAAACUUGAAUCAAAACUCCAGCUGUGCCGUUGAAAACUUCCUGCAGUAA